ACUUUGAUAAUCAGCUGUUUCCAACAGACGCUGAUGGGUUUCACUACAUAAACAAUAUUUCAAAUAGCUUAAGCUCAUUUUCUUUUGUAUUUUAUGUUAUCAGCUUGAAAGCACAGGAGUGGGAGACCAUCAGAUAACAACCAAUUUAAGAACAAUGCAAUCUGUCAGUACAGUACCAUUUUAUUUCCAUUCUAAGAUAGUCAUAAGAAUUUUACGAUAAUGUAAAUAAGAUAUAAUUAAUGCAGCUUUAUUCUCAGCAUUUCAGCAACAGUUGCCGAAUUAUUUUAAAUUGCCAAUUUGGCAUUUAUAGUUUACAGUUUUUGCGUUUUUGGUGCAAUUGCGUUGCUGGUUAAUUUACGAGAUUUAUUACAAAGUUUAAGAGUACAGUGUCUACGAUGCCAAGAAUUCUUUCGGAUUCAGGAUAUCAACCAAUAUCAGGUUGUACUUUUCAUGACAUCUACAACGAAGAAAAUGAUCAACGGGAAUGUCGUAUUUAUGGCUAUAAAAGCUCAACUUCAAGACGUAUACUGUUUCACCUUUUUGGCUUCUGUCUGUUAGGCAUUCCGUAUGUCGUAUGCAACUCGUAUCUUCGCUUAAAGUGCUGGUUUAUCUACAAACCGUCUAGAAUUGAAGAUUCGGACAUUUUCUUAGUGCAAGGCAGUAACGGAAAAUAUACCAUCGAAAAAGUGGGCACGGAAACGGUUGAUUUGCCCCAUUUGCCAAUGGGUAGUUUUGUGAAAUAUUUCUUUCAUCAACAUACGAAGUAUGUUUGGGUUGCUGAAAAAGGAACAUUCAGCACGUUGAACCAACUGUUAUGGUCUCAUCAAACGUGUGAUAGUAUUUUAAUGAAUACUGAAGGUUUAAGCAAACAAGUACAUUCAGAACUGUUGAGAUUAUGCGGUCCAAAUAAGAUUGAGGUUGAAAUCAAGUCUUACUGGAAACUAUUUAUGGAAGAGAUUUUUCACCCUUUUUACUUAUUCCAGGCAUUUUCUGUUGCCCUAUGGUGUUUCGAUAGUUAUGAGCUAUAUGCAGCAUGUGUUAUUAUUCUGACAUUAUUUUCCAGCAUUACUUCGCUGAUCGAAACUCGAAAGCAAAGCAAAAAUUUACACGACAAAGUAGAAUCUUCAAAGUGCCAUGAUGUAACUGUGCUGCGAACAAUUCUGGGACGGAAAGUAAGCAUGGCAAUUGAACCUGAAGCUUUAGUGCCUGGCGACUUAAUAGUCAUGCCAGCUGCAAAUUAUAUCAUGCCAUGUGAUGCCGUUUUAAUUACUGGGCAAAGCAUAGUGAAUGAAAGCGUUCUAACAGGAGAAAGCGUUCCUAUAACGAAAAUCUCUCUUCAUCCUAGUUCUGAAUAUUAUUCAGGAAAGGCUCACAAACGGCACAUACUUUACUCUGGAACCCAUGUGCUUCAAACCAGGUAUUAUGGGGGAAAAGCUGUUUUAGCUAGAGUAGUUUCUACAGGUUUCGACACUACAAAAGGUCAUUUGGUGAAAAGCAUUUUAUUUCCCACUCCGGUGAAUCUCCAGUUUCAUAAGGACUCCUUCAAGUUUAUAUUUUUUAUGUUUAUUAUAGCGUUUUUUGGAAUGGGUUACGCUUUGUAUCUAUAUUAUGUUCGAAAUGCAUCCGUUGCCGAAAUGAGUUUUCGCUCUCUGGAUAUCAUUACCAUUGUGGUUCCGGCAGCUUUGCCGGCUGCAAUGACCAUUGGAACAGUUUACAGUCAAAGCAGAUUGAAAAAAUUAAAGAUUUUCUGUAUUAGUCCUCCAAGAAUAAAUGUAUGUGGUAAAAUAAAGCUGGCAUGUUUUGAUAAGACUGGUACUCUCACUCAUGACGGGCUUAUAAUGAAUUCUGUUUUGCCAUGCGAUGGUGCUAACUUCUUCAAACCAGUCUCGGAUAUAUCUGGUCUUAAUGUGCAUAGCAAGUUCGUUCAAGGGAUGGCGACUUGUCACUCUUUAACUACAAUUGAUGGAAAAAUGAAUGGUGAUCCGCUGGAUCUGAAUAUGUUUGAGUUUACUAAGUGGACGUUGGAAGAACCAGGUGCAAAUGAGAAUACCCGAUUCGACAUCCUCGCUCCAACUAUUGUAACACCUAAGAAGGAACAAGUCUUAGCUCAGCUAGAUCAUCCAGAUAGCGAAAUUUUUGCUGACCAGAGCUCAUAUCAGAUAGGCAUCAUUCGCGAGUUUUCAUUCUCUUCCACUGCUCAAUGCAUGUCUGUGAUAUGUAAGGACUUGAAAAAACCCAAUAUGUUUGCUUUCACAAAAGGUGCACCUGAGAAACUCUAUAAUUUUUGUAUUCCGGAGACAAUACCGACAGAUUUUCAAAAUCGCCUGAGUUUUUAUACUACUCGUGGCUUUAGGGUCAUUGCCUUAGCGUACAAAGAACUGCCUGUUAAGUUUAAAUGGACAGAUGCGCAAGCAGCAAAAAGAGACAUGAUAGAACAUGAUUUGGAAUUCCUUGGUUUGCUAAUACUCCAGAAUCCUUUAAAGUCUGAAACUGUGCCUGUCCUUAGACAGUUAAGAAACGCUAAUAUUCGUACCGUCAUGAUUACAGGUGAUAAUAUACGGACCGCAAUAUCAGUAGCAAGGGAUUGUGAGAUGGUUGACUCUACCGCUACUAUUUAUAUUUUAAACGUAACGGAAGUAAAUAAUAUCAAUGAAAAGCCCAAUAUCGUAAUGGAAAAAGCUGAUAGUGGCGUUCAACCAGAUUUCACAGCAAUCCACAUUUAUGACACCAAUAGUUAUUUUGCCAUUGAUGGAAAGACGUGGACAAACUUAAAACUGUAUUAUGAAGAUUUAAUUCCGAGUUUGCUCGUGAGAACUACGGUUUUUGCUAGAUUCCAACCGGAUCAAAAGACUCAAUUGGUAACAUCUUUUCAAGAUCUAGAUUAUAUCGUUUCGAUGGUCGGAGACGGUGCCAAUGACUGUGGUGCUUUGAAAGCAGCUCAUGUCGGGGUAUCUCUAUCACCCGCGGAAGCCAGCGUUGCAGCACCAUUUACAUCAGGAAUACCGGAUAUUUCAUGCAUCAUUUGGCUAAUAUUAGAAGGCAGGUGCUCACUGGUGACCAGCUUUUCUAUAUUCAAAUAUAUGGCUCUCUAUAGUAUGAUUCAGUUUGUAACCAUAUUAAUUCUUUACACGUGCCAUUCGAUGUUGGGUAAUUUCCAGUUUUUAUUUAUUGAUCUCAUAAUUACAACGACUUUAGCAGUAACUAUGGGACGGCAAGGUCCAUCAAAAAUCCUCCAUUCAAAGCGACCUAUGUCUUCCCUGGUGUCAGCCAAAAAUUUAGUACCGCUAACUCUUCAAAUUUUCGCAAUCGCCGCUUUUCAAGUGGGUGCUUUGUAUUAUCUGUAUCAGCAAGAUUGGUUUCAACCGAUUCCGUCUGAUGUGUCGGAUGAAAUAAUAUUAUCCUGGGAAAACACGGUACUCUUUACUGUGUCGUGUUUCCAGUAUGUCAUUUUGGCGUGGCAUUUUACUAAAGGAAAACCUUACAGGAUGAACGUUUUUACUAAUUUUUGGUUUCUGCUUAAUGUGCUCUGUUUGACGGUAAUCGUUACCUGGAUGGCAUUGUAUCCAUGCAAGAGAAUUGCUGAAAUAAUGGAACUAAUUGAUUUUGCCGAAGGCGGUUUUCACCAUAAGAAUUUUAGAUGUUUACUUCUGCUGUUCCCUAUUGGUCAAUUUAUUGUUGCAGGUGCUAUAGAAACGUUUAUGCACGAAAGAACAUGGCUCAAGCGGCUUUUCCAAUGUAUAUUCUGCAAGAAACAACCAAAGAAUAAGUACAAGAGGUUAUUGCAGAAUCAAAAUUUUGAAGAUUAUCUAGCCUCGUUGCGAGAGCUCUCAAAUAGUUUGCGGUGACAUUUAGUUUUCUACUUGGCUGUUAUUGGGAUAGUUCAGAUUACUGCCAUAAUGUAUUUUAUAUUUGUGAAUUCAAUAAAAUAUUGCAUGUU